AUGUCAAAUUGUCUGUGUAGUUUUAUAUGAAAAAUAACAAUAAAAAAUUAAUCUGUACAUAAUAUAUUCGUAGAUAAGUAAAUGGUGCUUGAACUAUUUUCUCAAAUAACAAGUUAAAAAUGGUUUUUCUUACAAAAAUAUUUCUAACCUCAAAAGAAAUCAGGUUACCGCGGAAAUACCUUCGAAGUAAAUUUAUAGACACUGUGAGACUACACGUUAAAGGUGGAACUGGUGGGACCGGUCUGCCUAAGUAUGGAGGUCGAGGCGGCCAAGGCGGCUGCGUAUAUUGCGUGGGUAAGGAGAACGCCAACCUAAGGAACAUAAUGACUAAACAUCGAGCCAAGUCAAUAGUCGCGGGACACGGCGAAGACAGCCGGAAAACAAAAAUAGUCGGCACUCCUGGAGCAGACUUAAAACUGGAAGUCCCGCUCGGUAUAACCAUUUACAGAGAAGAUGGCCAAGUGUUAGGCUCCAUAGACAAAGAAGACGAAACUGUGAUAGUUGCUCGAGGCGGCCCCGGAGGCACGCCCGAAAACAGCUUUCUGGGACACUUUGGUCAGGCCCAUCAUAUAAGAUUAGACCUUAAACUGAUUGCUGAUAUCGGUUUGGUUGGCUUCCCAAACGCAGGAAAAAGUUCGCUAUUGAAGUCGAUAUCGAGAGCCAAACCGCGAAUUGCAAACUAUCCAUUCACGACUAUUAAGCCUAAUAAAGGCAUUAUCCAAUUCCAAGACCUAAGAACUAUAUCCAUAGCAGAUCUUCCAGGGCUGAUAGAAGGAGCCCACAACAAUAUUGGUCUAGGACACAAAUUUCUCAAGCAUGUGGAGAGGACUAAGCUACUACUUUUCAUUGCUGACAUCAAUGGUUUUCAAUUGAGCCCCAAAUAUCCAAUGAGGUCAUGUCUAGAAACUGUACUGCUUUUAAACAAAGAGUUGGAACUUUAUGAUCCAGAGCUAUUACAGAAGCCAGCUAUCUUAGCAGUAAACAAAUUAGACACUGAAGGGGCUGAAGAAAAGUUUAAAGAAAUAAAAAAGGCAUUUUCAAAUGUAAAUCAAAUUGUUGGUUCUGUAGCAGAGGAUGUGAGACCUGAAACACCAAUUGAGUUUGAGGACAUAGUCGGCAUAUCGGCCUUAACUGGGGAAGGUGUGGAGGGCUUGAAACACCUCUUGAGGAAGCGAUUGGACAACUUUGCCGAUGAGAACAACCCAGAAAUUCAAGACCCAGCUGUGGUUACACGAAGACAUAAAGCUAUGAUGACAGAGAGAGGACCAAAAAUAACUUAAUUUAAUAUUUUUAAUAAAUUGCUAUAGGAAA